AUGCUGUACGACCGGACAAUCGCGAAGUUUUUAUUGGCAAUCACGACGGCCUUUUACGCGUACUACGUCCUCUGGAUCGGGGUGACGCCGUUUAUUGACCCCUCCCACUUCACGCAGCGCCUGUUCCCCCCGCGCGAGUAUGGACUGCUGCUCGCGGCUGUCGUGAUGACGUCAGGCCUGGGCCUCGCCAUGACAGCGGCGUCCGUGCACACCAUCCGGCAAACAGGCACGGAGGGCGAGGGCAGCGGCAAAUUCGCGCUGGCGGUGUGGAACGACAAGGAGGCGCGCGAGCCGUCGUCGUCGUGA